UUUUCCCCGUCGAUGUGAAUGAAAAUAAAUUUGCAUCUUUGUCCUUUAUUGUUAUACGAAUCGCAAGUAAUUUGUCGAUUAUCAUAUCAAAGGUUAUGUCGUUCGUUAUAUAUUUACGUAUUGAAAAAAUAUACUUAACAUAUAAAGCAAGUGUUUAACCUUUAAUAUUCAUGUCUGUAUGCGAUGUAUCAUAUUAUUGACAAUGUCAAAAACUCAUAUACCUGCUCGUUUUAAUGGAGAAGCUGACAAUUUUUAUGAUCCCAAUUUUACUUUGGACGUUAAUAAGAGAAUGAGAGUUCCUAAAAGUAUUAGAGUAAGUGGUGAUUAUACAGAUGAAGAUAUUUCAUCAAUGAAUGGUUCUGCUUGGAAUCAAGCAAACUCAAAUGAGAAGCUUGAAAUGCAUGUACCUGAUAGGAUUCUUGUUGUAGGUCAGGAGCAACAUAUUGGUACAAAAGCUCCACCAAGAGAAAUUACUCUAGAAAAUGCUGUAAUGCCACCUGAGCCAAAUAUUAUUAGAGUUCAGACACCACCAAGAAUCUUAACGCUGGAUGAUCAUUAUUUUCCUACGGUUGAUGAAGAAGAUCCAACAUUACUUGCUACUGAAGUUAAAGACUCAUCUAGGAUACAUCCCCAAUUUAAUACAGAAACACAGAUUGUUAGGCGUGGAAGAGAACAAACAACAUCUUACAGUUCAGUAGAUGUAUCUCUUCCACCUAAUGAAGAAGUACAACACUUACGCCGUCAAGUGGGAAAAUUAAAUCGUCGAGUCAUGGCAAUUGAAUUGGAAAUGUUACAACGGCAACAAAGAGAUAAGAUUUUGUAUACACUAACUUUAGCAUAUUUCAUAUUGAAAGCAAUUUCUUGGUUGAAUAGAAAUUGAAGGUUCUAUUUAAUUGCAUGUAGAAAAAAAUACAUCUUACACGGAUACAUGCCAUGGUGCUCUUAACAGCAUUCUAUAUGAGCUAUUUGUGCUCUCGAACUGUAUAACCAAAGAUUUAUUAUUCUACUUGCAAGAAUUUAUCAUCAUUACAAUAAUAAAACAUAUUACUUAACUAUUUUUAAAUCAUAAGAAAAAUUCAAAUACAUACUAAUUUCAAAUUCAUACUGCAUUAUAAGAGCAAACAGUGAUAAUGCAAAGUAACGGCAUAAAAUCUGUUGAUCGAUAUUAUUUGUAAUAUUAAUUAUUAUUAUUACUAUUCUAGCUAAAGGACUGUAACUGCCAAAAGAUAAAUAACAUUGGAAUGUAUUUUGCACUUCAUAUUGAGUUACGUAUUAAUAUUUAUUUCUGGUAUAUAUACAUAUUAUAAUGAGUUACAAAACCAAAAUAAAUAUUAGGUUUUUGAAAGUCUUUAAGAUGAUAUAUCACAAAAUAGUAUACACAAGAUAAUUAUGUAUAUUGCACAUCAAUAGAUCUUUUUUAACAAAA